CACCGCCCCGCCAGUCGCGUCCGAGCCGCGGAGCCGAGUAGAGCGGUGCUUGCCCGGAGCAGUCCCCGCUGCCGCCAGGAUGUCGGUGGAGCUGGAAGAAGCCGACCUGCCCCUGACCGAGGCCGAGGAGGUGCCGCUCGCCCCGGAGAAGAAGGCGGCGGCCAAGAAAGCCAAGGGCGGCGGCUCCUCGCUGUCGCCGUCCAAGAGGAGGAAGAACAACAAGAAGAAGAACCAGCCGGGCAAGUACAGCCAGCUGGUGGUGGAGGCCAUCCGCAAGCUGGGCGAGCGCAACGGCUCGUCGCUGGCCAAGAUCUACAACGAGGCCAAGAAGGUGGCGUGGUUCGACCAGCAGAACGGGCGCACCUACCUGAAAUACUCCAUCAAGGCGCUGGUACAGAACGACACGCUGCUGCAGGUCAAGGGCACCGGCGCCAACGGCUCCUUCAAGCUCAAUCGCAAGAAGCUGGAGGGCGGCGGCGAGGGGGGCGCGGGCGGCGGCGCCCACAAAUCGCACAAGAAGGCGGUGGCGGCGGCCGCCACGCGGCGCGUGGACAAGAAGCCGGCGGCCAAGACCAAGAAGCCCGAGAAGAAAUCGCACAAGAAGGGGGCGGGCGCGGCUGCCGCCGCCAGGAAGGAGAAAGGCAAAGCCAAGAAGGCGGCCAAGAAAGGUGCCGCCUCCCCCGGCGGCAAGAAGGUGAAGAAGUCGGCCAAGCCGAAGGCACUGAAGACCAGGAAGGCAUGAGAGCGGGGCGGCGAGGACACUGCCCCCGUGAUCUCCCUCCCCACCCCCCGCCCCGCCACCGAGGACUGAGCCCCCCCAGACACAGACUCUGCUCUGAGAACGGACCCGGGUUAUUCGCUUUGUCUUUGUGUCGCCGCCCUCGCUCUGCAGCCGCCUCCGUGCGCAGGAAGACUAGAGGAGGCGCCCGCUGCUCCCCUCCUCCCGCCCCGGGGGGUGGGGGGGCUCCGUGUGCGCAGGGCGACCCCCGUUCGCGUCCCUGUAGUCGCUGAUUUUUUAAACGCUUAUGUCCCCCGCGCCCGCCCCUGCUCCGCACGCCCCCGGCAGGGGCCGCGCCACGUGGCCCCGCUCCCGCGCUGCGGUGCCGGUUGCUUCGCUUCUUUCCGAAUUUUCGAACAUCUCCGGCGCCCCCUAUUGGCUCCGGCCCCCUGGCGGCGCCAUGGAAACGGGCUGCCCGGUGCCUAUUGGCUACAGGCGGCGUCUUUUCCCCUGCGGCAAGGCAGCUGCCCCGAGCAGGAGCCCCGGGGGUGGGGGGAGCGGGCGCUGCGGCCCCUCGUGCGGCGAGCCUUUUUUUUUUUUUUUUUUUUUUUCUUUUUUUUGGUCAAUAAAUUGUAAAAAAACCUCGGA